AUGUGGUUUGCUUUGACACUUGCCCUUGGGCUGGCGUUGCUCGCCGUUGCACAACAAGCAGUGUAUCAACAAUGCGGCGGCAUUGGCUGGUCAGUGUAUUCAAAUAUCGUCAUAAUAAUUGACUACAUGUGCCUCCUAUUGCAGGACUGGAGGAACCACAUGUGCUUCCGGAUCCGUCUGCACAAUUAUUCUCAAUGUCUCCCGGGCACAGCGCCUCCGAGCUCUUCAUCUUCUACACGUCCUGCAAGUUCGUCAUCAUCACCAACCUCGACGUCCCCUACUAGUACAACCUCGGGUUCUGCCCCAUCGAGCACACCGCCUGCUAACCUCUCGCCGGCAUGGCAAGCCGCGUACACAAAGGCACGCGCGAAAUUGACUGGCGUGUCCCUCCAAGACAAAGUAUCUCUGGCUACUGGUGUCGGCUGGAUGAAUGGAAACUGCGUGGGGAAUAUUCCAAGUAUUUCGUCCAUAAACUUCCCUGGCUUGUGUCUACAAGAUAGUCCUCUUGGUGUUAGAUUUGGCGACCUAGUCUCUGUGUUCCCAGCUGGCAUCAAUACCGCCGCGACCUUCAAUCGCACGUUGAUGAGACAGAGAGGCGCAGCUCUGGGCACUGAAUUCCACGGAAAGGGUGUUCAUGUCGCGUUAGGACCUGCCAUGAAUCUAGCACGAGCUCCGGCGGCAGGCCGAAAUUGGGAAGGUUUUGGAGGCGACCCAUACCUUUCUGGAGAGGGUGCAUUCGAGACUGUCACUGGUAUCCAAUCUGUGGGCGUUCAAGCAUGCGCGAAGCAUCUCAUCAACAACGAACAAGAGCAUUUCCGGGAGACGAGUUCUUCGAAUGUUGAUGAUAGGUAUGCUCAAAUUCAUUGUUCUCUUCAAGGGACAACGCUCAUGGGUUACACGCAGAACUGUAAGCUUUCAGGUGGAGUUACUUUCUGUCUUCAGCGAAUACUGACAUCGAAUAAGCAACACGAACUCUACGCCCUUCCAUUCCUUCGCAGUAUCCAAGCAGGUGUGGCGUCAGUGAUGUGCAGUUACAAUCAAAUCAACGGGUCGUUUGCAUGCGAGAAUGACAAGGUUCUCAACGGAAUUAUCAAGGGCGAAUUUGGGUUCCCUGGCUAUAUUAUGUCGGACUGGGCUGCCACACACUCCACUGGAUCAGUCAACCAAGGCCUCGAUAUGACCAUGCCUGGAGACAUCACCUUUAGUUCGGGCACUACGUAUUUCGGCCAGAAUCUGGUUAAUGCUGUUCAAUCUGGUAGUGUUCCGCAAUCUCGAAUUGAUGACAUGGCUACCAGAAUCCUAGCUGCAUGGUAUCUACUAGGCCAAGACUCUGGGUAUCCAGCGGUCAACUUCAACAGCUGGAAUGUCAACGGUCCUGGCAGCACUCACGUCAAUGUACAAGGAAACCACAAAGACCUCAUUCGUACCAUCGGUGCUGCGUCAACUGUAUUGUUGAAGAACACAGGCAAGGCACUCCCGCUGAACAAGCCACGAACGAUAGGCAUAAUUGGCAAUGGUGCAGGUGCGGGUUCCAGGGGCAUAAAUGGAUAUACCGACCGAGGCGGACUAGAUGGUGUUCUUGCACAAGGAUGGGGAAGUGGCACAGCGGAUUAUCCAUACCUUAUCACUCCCUUGGCUGCUAUCACCUCCCGGGCGAGUACCGAUGGUUCCACUGUUUCUUCUUCUCUGAGUGAUACGGACCUCAAUGCCGCUGGGACGACCGCGACCGGAAAAGACGUUGCCCUUGUGUUCAUUGCAGCUAACAGUGGCGAAGGAUACAUCACAGUAGAGGGCAAUGCUGGGGACAGAAAUGAUCUGAAGGCUUGGCACAGCGGAGAUGCUUUAGUAGCUAGAGUUGCUGGCGCCAACGCUAACACUAUUGUCGUUGUGAACAGCGUUGGGCCCAUCGAGGUGGAAGCAUGGAUCAACCACCCUAAUGUUACCGCUGUGGUUUGGAGCGGUCUUCCAGGACAAGAAGCAGGUAACGCCCUAGUGGAUGUUCUGUACGGAGCAUACAAUCCUAGUGGCCGGCUACCUUACACAAUUGGCAAGAGUAUCAACGACUACUCCGCGAAGGUCAUAUACAAUUCGAACGCCAACAUUCUACCAAUACCAUAUUCCGAAGGGUUGUUCAUUGAUUACCGCCAUUUCGAUCAAGCCAAUAUCGCGCCGCGCUUUGAAUUCGGCUUCGGAUUAUCGUACACGACGUUCUCUUACGCAUCCUUAUCUAUCUCUGGAUCCAUUGGUACGGGUACCGCACCAACAGGACCUGGCUCUUCUCUAGACCCAUGGCUCCACGAGAAAGUCAUCACGGUUACCUUCUCGCUCACAAACAGCGGCAGUGUUGCCGGUCAUGAGAUCCCGCAGCUAUACAUUACUCUUCCAACAUCGGCCCAGUCGGCUCCGCUGAGCCUGAAGGGAUUCGACAGUAUCUUCCUGGCGCCCAACCAAAGCAAAACCGUAACGAUACAGUUGUCGAGAUUCGACCUUUCGAUCUGGAACGUUGCUGCCCAACGAUGGCAGAUUCCUUCCGGCUCGAUUGGAGUCUCAGUCGGCGCAAGCAGCCGUGACAUCCGACUCACUGGUACCAUCUAA